GUGGCUCGUUGUGUAUGUGUCCGCCUCGGCCUGCCUUGCGUGGCUCUGCCUGGGAGGGAUUGAGGUGUGGAGGGAACGACGUAGGAGGCAAGGACCCGCGACACUGAAACCACAACGGGGAAUGUAAAAGUUUAGAUCUGAAAUCACCCACAAGACGCCGUGUCUGCGCGCCUAAAGACUUAACAUAUAACCUGGUUUCUCAUGGAAGCAGAUGGAUUUGUGAGGAGGCGUCGGAUGACAGCGGAGACUACAGGCACUGAUCCCGGGGUUGCUGGUGCCUCUGCCGGGGCAGAAGUUCGAUGGCUGGGGGGCAGAUUCUGGGGAGUUUCGGAAAGUAUCGUGGGAAGCCUGACACCCCGAAUCGGAGGCGAGACAGAACUAGAGACUGUUGAUUUUAUCCGUAGUGCUCAAGAUGCAGAAACAGAGGACUCUGAACCAGACUAUGAGGGUUUGCCACAGGGAGCUUCCACUAGCACCCACAUGUUGGCUGGAGCCGUGGCCGGGAUCAUGGAGCAUUGCCUCAUGUUCCCCAUCGACUGCGUCAAGACACGAAUGCAGAGCCUCCAGCCCGACCCCGCAGCCCGCUACAGGAAUGUAAUGGAUGCUCUUCGCCGCAUUGUAGCCACAGAGGGAGUCUGGCGGCCAAUGAGGGGGCUUAAUGCGACAGCAGUUGGAGCGGGACCUGCCCAUGCCCUCUAUUUUGCCAGCUACGAGAAACUCAAAAAGACUCUAAGUGAUGUCAUUCACCCAGGGGCUAACAGUCAUUUGGCUAAUGGAGCAGCUGGGUGUGUGGCCACACUGCUUCAUGAUGCAGCCAUGAACCCAGCUGAAGUUGUGAAGCAGCGCAUGCAGAUGUAUAAUUCACCUUACCGUGGCGUGUUGGACUGUGUACGCGCCAUAUGGCAGAAAGAGGGGCCUGCUGCAUUUUACCGCAGCUACACCACCCAGCUCACCAUGAACGUGCCCUUCCAGGCAAUCCACUUCAUGACCUAUGAGUAUCUCCAGGAGCUGCUCAACCCCCACAGACAGUACAAUCCCUCGUCCCACAUGUUGUCCGGGGCUUUGGCUGGAGCCAUUGCAGCUGCGGCCACCACGCCUCUAGAUGUCUGCAAGACCCUGCUCAACACCCAGGAGUCUAUAGCCCUCAGCACCCCAUCCUCUGGCCAUGGCCCCGGCCAAGGCCAAGGAGCCCACAGACAUAUUUCAGGCCUGGCCCAUGCCUUCCGGACAGUUUACAGGCUGGGCGGCCUGCAGGGCUUCUUUAAGGGAGUCCAGGCAAGGGUCAUCUACCAGAUGCCCUCCACAGCCAUCAGCUGGUCAGUGUAUGAGUUCUUCAAGUAUGGACUCACCAAGCACCAGCACAACAAGAGGAGAACGCAGCACAUGGAGGCUGAGAAGUAGACAUGUCCUCGGUUUAACCUCCUCUAAUAUUGCUCUGCCCUCCCUGUGAGGAGAAGAUUAAGUCAAUACGCACAUAGAAUCUGACUAAGAUCCACCUCAGUUGUCCCAUCCCUUUCAGACAUAGCAGAUAAGAAAGACAUCUUUGAAGACGGCUUGAGUAGUUAUAUUUCUGCUACACUUUUUCAAGACUAGGUAUGGUUUGAGUUAUGUUGUUUCUCUCUUCUAGGAGAAAGCAUUUACACAGUAUUUUAGAACUAGUAAAUCUGUACUUUUUUUUUUUUUUAAAGCCAUUCUAGUGGCCACUACAUUUGUCCAUGCUGUGGAUGGAUGUGAAGAACGCACAAGUUUUCAGUAGGAGAGGUAGUCAGCAGAGGGCAGUAGUGUGACUUUAUUCAUUUUUGUAGUCCCAUAAGCUUUCUGUCCUAGGACCAGAUUUUUAUUUUCACCCAUUCAGACUUAAUUUUGCAAAUAAAGAUUAUGAGUGACUCCAGAUCCACAGCCUUCUCUAGAUUUAUGAGCAAAAUUUAUAUACACAUAUACAUAUAUAAGUAUCUCAUAAUAGACAAUUCUCUCUGUAAUCUUAGACAAAACAAGUUAAUAUCGGUGUCUAGUUUGAGCUACACACAGGCAUUCAGUUCUUUAUCAAAAUUUCUUGUUGACUUGAGCCAAGUUUUUCAACUAUUUAGAAUCAAAAGAAAACUGACCCUAGCUGAGAACAUUUUGUUGAUAUGCUGAACACAGUCAUUUCCUGAUAUGGACUAGUACCCAGACACCAGUUUGGAAAUUCAGCUGAUCUGCCAAAAUGGCCAUUCAAAUCAUUGAGAGCAAAAUUUAUGACCAUCUGAGUAAUUGAACUAUGUAAUUUGAAAUAUAGUCCAAUAGAAAUUGAUGAUUCCACACAAAAGGCCAGAGAUCAGAUUUAGGGUCUCAUUUUUGUUUUGCUAUUGGCAGUAAAGAAAUUAAUAUAAUUAAUAUUAUUUCCCCUUUUUAAAAUGUCAUUAAGAUUGCUCCACCCUAAGGUAUCUGGAAUGUGUGUUUAAUUUAUUUUUAAGAUCUUUGACUCCUUCAAAUGUAUUUUAUUUCCAGCAAAUAUAUUACUUAAGCUUUACAGUUGCUUUCCCCAUUCAGUCAACCCUUUGAUCAUCCAAAUACUCACCUUUAAUGCCUUGUGUACCUGUUUGGCAGAGCAGACCAGGGCAGCAUUGAGAUAGCCAUUUCUGUGCAUUAACUGUAGCUAUGAGCCUGUUCGCAGCUUGUGAACUACUGAGUUUCAAUAUCUGUGCUUGACAGCAAAAGUUGUGAACAAUGUUCAUUCCAAAAGAAUAAUUUAACUCAAAAUUUCAAGGAGUUAAGUAUCCCACAAGAUGUGUAUCUGCAUCCUCACUGAGUACACAUAAAUGGAAGCUGUCAUUCUUAUUGAUUAAUGUCUGAUUGUUUCCGACACUGAAUUGCACUCGUUGAAUAAAGACUGAGCAGCGGGGCACUACUCCCUGCUCGUAAAUGAUGA